AUGGGCGAGCUCGAAGACACAAUCGCCCGCGCCGUAAUCAGCGCCUACAAUGCGCUCCCGGCAAAGAGCAAGCCCAAGCCCCGCCCCGACGCUACGGAAUGGGUCCCGCUGUCGGGCGUGGUGCUGGAGACGGGGGAGGGCGAGGUUGUGUGUGCUGCGCUGGGGACCGGGAUGAAGUGUCUUCCGCACUCCAAGAUCCCGCUGGCGAAGGGAUUGGUGUUGCAUGACUGCCAUGCUGAAGUUGAGUUCUCAUGCGCUCUGUGCUUUGUGCUUUUUAUUGCGAUUAGAGCGUUUAAUUGUUUCAUAAUCGAAGAAUGCUUCAAGCUCGCCAGCGACAGUACCUACAUCUCCCAAUUCGUACAUCGGCGCAGUGCUGAAGAUAUCACCGAAGACUCACCGCAGCCCUUCACGAUCCGCUCUGAUGUGAAGGUCCAUUUCUACUCGUCCGAAGCACCAUGCGGCGACGGCAGCAUGGAACUAACCAUGUCCGCCCAGUCCGACGCCACUCCCUGGGCCCUCCCUACAAGCACCUCCACCCCCACCACCCCCACCACCCCACCUCCCCCACACCAACCACCACCCUCCUCCGCGGCCGCGGCUACUUCUCCUCCCUCGGCACCCGACAAGCUCUCCCUGCGCCAAUGCACCUCUCUCCUUCUUACUCCCGCCGCCCUCCUUAUCACCCCGCGCCACGCCUACGCCUCUAUCGUCGUCCUGCCCGCAUCCGAAUACUCCGCAACCGCUGUCCAGCGCGCGUUUAGCGCUACCGGCCGCAUGGGGCCGCUGGUGGGCAGGAGGUGGCGCGGCGGGUAUGCGUUCUGCCCGUUUGCGGUGCGAACGACGGGGGUAGUGUUUGCGUGCUCAAAGAGGGAGGCGGAGCGGGCGACGCCCGGGAAGGCUAUCGGGAGUAAUGUGACGGCGGUGUGGGUGCGGGGGGUGGGUGGUGAGACGCUGAUAGGGGGUGUGUUGCAAGGAAGGAAGCAGUGGGCGGGGGUGGCGGGGGCGAGUAGGGUUUGUAAGGCGAGGGUUUGGAAGGCGGUUAGUGUUGUUGCGGGGGUGCUGGGGGAGAGGGCGCUGGUGGGGGCGGUGGGGAAGGAGACGUAUGAGGGGGUGAAGAGCGGGGAGUGGAUGGUGGAGAGGAGGAGGGCCAAGGAGGAGACGAGGGAGGUGCUGGGCGGGUGGGAGAGGAAUGGCGGCGGGGAGUUUGGGAUGAUGGAGUAG